AUGGGUGCAGCAGAAGACCAGAAGGUAAACUUAGCUACAUUUAUGUUCAAAAAUGAAACUAGUUAUUGGUGGGACACGACAAAACAUUUAUUGCUCAUUCCAGGAGAGAAAGAGGUGAUAUUAUGGGAUCCAUUUGUUAAAGCUUUUUAUGAGAAAUAUUUCCCUCCAAUUUACAGAAAAGAGAAGGAACGGGAGUUUAUUCUCCUUAAACAAAAUAGAAUGUCUGUGGUUGAUUAUGAAGUUAAGUUUACAGCUUUAUCGAGGUUCGCACCCAAGUUUGUACAGAAUGAAGAAGAUAAAUGCACAAAAUUCCAAGAUGGGUUAGAGACGGCUAUUAAGUCUAGAGUUUCAGUGUUUGAGGAAACAGAUUAUAACAGACUUGUGAAUAAAGCCAUGAUUGCCGAAAGGGAUGUGAAAGAAUUGCAAGAAAGAAAGGAACAAUACAAAAGAAAUAGAUCUGAGCCGUCACAGUCAAGAGAAGGUGAAGGAAUUUUGUGA